UCCCAAAAGAAGCGAGGAUUCCCGUCCAAGUGCCCCAGUAAAUGUUGUGUUUUGGUUCAUUUUGGUGGAUCGUACGCGUUUAACCUGUUUUAUCUUACCGCUGUUGAUCUUCUCAGUCAAACAAACAUUAACUCGGGAGUCCUUGAACUCGAGUAAACGCGCUGUUUGCCUUUUAAAAGCUCCGGGUUUAGACAGCGUUAGUUAGCUCGUUGGCUGCCUGCAGCCGCCGGGAGCCCCAUGUCCUCCGACCCGGGCUGGAGCUCCGCGGUCUCGGCCUGGCUUUUCCCCAGCUCCUGGUGGCCGCUCCUGCCCUUCAUAAUGCUGUUAGUGGCCGCCGCGUUCGUGGUGGCCUUCGUGUUGCUUCUCUACAUGAUAUCUCCUCUGAUCAGCCCCAAACCCCUCAAACUUAACGGGGCCCAUGUCGUGGUGACGGGUGGCAGCAGUGGCAUUGGGAAGAGCAUUGCCAUCGAGUGCUAUAAACAAGGUGCCUUCAUCACUUUAGUGGCGCGUGAUGAGAGCAAGCUAGUUCAAGCUAAGAAAGAAGUGGAGAAAUGUGCAGUAAACGAUAAACAGGUGGUGCUGUGCAUUUCUGUUGAUGUGUCCAAAGAUUACAGCCAGGUGGAGAGUGUAAUAAAGCAGGCACAGGAGAAGCUGGGACCAGUGGACAUGCUGGUGAACUGCGCAGGGACGGCUGUCUCUGGGAAGUUUGAGGAGGUGGACGUCGAGCGCUUCCGGAGCCUGAUGGAGGUGAAUUAUCUGGGCAGUGUGUAUCCGACCCGGGCCGUCAUCACCACUAUGAAGGAGCGGAGGAUGGGCCGGGUCGUGUUCGUUUCCUCUCAGGCCGGACAGAUUGGCCUGUUUGGAUACACGGCUUACUCCGCCUCCAAAUUCGCCCUGCGGGGGCUGGCAGAGGCUCUGCAGAUGGAGGUGAAGCCCUACAACAUAUAUGUCACAGUGACCUACCCCCCUGACACCGACACCCCAUGCCUGACAGAGGAGAACAAGACUAAGCCUUUAGAGACCAAGCUGAUCUCUGAGACGUCUGGAGUUUGUCAGCCCGAGCAAGUGGCCAAAGUCAUUGUUAAAGACGCAGUGCAGGGGAACUUCAACAGCUCUGUGGGUCCUGAUGGCUACAUGCUCUCUGCUCUGACCUGCGGGAUGUCUCCUGUAACGUCCAUCACUGAGGGUCUGCAGCAGAUAGUGACGAUGGGGCUGUUCCGCACCAUUGCGCUCUUCUACCUGGGCAGUUUCGACAGCAUCGUCCGGCGCUGUAUGAUCCAGAGGGAGCAGUCUAAAGCAGCUGAUAAACGAGAGUAAAAUAUGAGGAGAUUCCACCACUUUAAACUGUAAUAAUCUGCCCCAAACACACAAUAAACACACACACACACAUGCUACUGAGAUGGGCAGUGGCCGUACAAACAACACUUUCCUUCUACUUUUAUGUUUUAUUAAUACACACUGUGGUCACUGCCAUUUUUUUGUGUUGUUGACCACUUCAGUACACUAAGAACUGGGAUUGGUUGUUAAACCUUGUACACCACCUUAAAAAGAGAAUUCAUUUUAAGGUUAGUGAAUUAUCUGUUAGUUUUUCCCCUCAAAACAACAAAAGUAUAGUUGAGCUUAAAGAAAAACUCAACCACAGGUAAAAAAGCUGAACAUUCUUGGGCUACGUUCACAUUACUCGGCUGAUUUAUUAUAAUGGGAACCCAAAUCUGAAUAUGUGGUCCUAGAUCAGAUAUACAGCUCUGGAAAAAAAUAAUAGAGCACUUAAAAAUGAUGAGUUUCUUUGAUUUCACCAAAUUGAAAACCUCUGGAAUAUAAUCAAGAGGAAGAUGGAUGAUCACAAACCAUCAAACCACCAAACUGAACUGCUUGAAUUUUUGCACCAGGAGUAAAGCAGCAUAAAGUUAUCCAAAAGCAGUGUGUAAGACUGGUGGAGGAGGAGAACAUGAUGCCAAGAUGCAGUUUUAUAGGAGUAGUUUUAUAAUUGGUACUGUUAACUGCAGUCUGCAGUAAUUAUACUGUAGAAAACUCUACAAAAUGCUAAAAUAAUAGAUGUAUAUUGGGUGUAGAAACAAGGAGGUGAUCAAUCAUAUGUUAUGCAUGAUGAGAGCUGUGUAUAAUUUGGUUCAUGUACACAGAGCCCUGCUACACAUACGUAUUUAGCCCUAUUUGGGUGUAAAGAUAGUUUAAUGUUAGUGAGCAGGGAGCUUUUUGGGAUUUGGAAGCAAGUAUAUGGCUAAAGAACAUUUUAUGUUCAUAUUUAAGGUGAAGGAAAAGUCAGAUCUGAGCAAAUAAUUUUUAAAUAAAUAAAUACACCAAAUAUAUGAGGCCUGUAAUGUGAACGUAGCCAUAGAUAUUAGAUUCUAACUUUAGAUUUCAGCUUUUAAAGGCAUGCUAAGUGUUUUGUUUUUUGUUUGAUUUUAAGACUUCACUGAUAUACACGAUCAUCACUAAGGAUUUCCCUUUCUAGACCCUUAAUCUCUCAAAUUAAGCUCUAGACUAAAACAAGAUCCAGCUUAAUCUGUAUCUUUUAAGUUGUUUUGUUUUUAAAACUCUACUCUAUUUUAAACUAAUUUACUCUAUUUGAAUCACCUCUCUGACGGAGGUGUGACCGUGUGCCAUACGAGUUUAUGUCCUUAUCAUUCACACACACACACACACACACACUAACACACUAACGCAGUCUGUCCCGCUGUCUCUUGUAACUUGUGAGCUUCGGUCAGUUUGGUCUCCUUUGCUGGCAGAGGGAAAUGUUUGACAUUCCUGUGUGAGUUAGUUCUGUUAAUAAUGUGGGUUUUUUUGGGUUCUAGAUAAAAGCACUGACGCUCCAUGUUAGACUCAAUGUUUGACUCGUGAACAGUUACUGUGUUCUAGGAUAAAAAAUCGGCCUGGGUCUGCCAUUUCUGCCUUAUCCUCGAUUCUCUGUGUGGGGCUCCUGUUUGGAGAUGUUUACUGUGCAUGUAUGUGAGUGUGUGCACACGUGUGUGUAGGAAUGUGUGUGUGUGUGUGUGUACGUGUGUGUUUGUGUGUGUUGGGAGACCUCAGGGGCUACUAAGGGUCCACUGAACUGUACGAGGGCGAGAACUCGCUGGUUCGAGUUGUUUCGCCUCCUUGCCAGCAGAGGGCGCUGCAGGAGCAGGAGAUUUUGAGCCACGGCUGAGCAGAGCAGGCUUGUUCUGAAAGGUUUAAGCUGUUUUUGAGUGAAUUUAAGGUGUUUAGAGUACAUUUAAGCAUUCACACUAACAAUCCAGAUUCAGAUUUACAGUGUCCCUCUUUACCCCACAUGUAGUUCCCAAGACCAGUAAUCUACCAAAACUUGUUUGGUGAUGCUCACUUCUGUAGUUUUAAACUGGCUGAAGAAGCUGAGGUAACUCAAAUUUGAUUUUUUAUUUUUUUUGCUCAAUGUGGCUCAGAUCUGAUUUUUUCACAGAUAUGUGUGUGAACGCUCCAAAUACGAUUUUUUUUUUUCCAAAUUAUAUCCAAGCCACUUCCAUAUGUGGUCCUCCUAAAUCGGAUACGGAUCCGAUCCAUAGACAUGCAACAUAAAUGUGACAUUUACAGAGAUGCUGAUUUCAUUUUCCAGCAGGACUUGGCACACUGCCCACACUGCUAAAAAUACCAAUUUUCUAAGGCACUGAUUUUUGGGUUUUGAUUGGCUGUAAGCUUCAUAAUUAGCAAUCAUCAACAAUGAAAGAAAUAAACUCUUAAAACCACCAUCAAACCACCAAACUGAACUGCUUGAAUUUGUGCACCAGGAGUAAAGCAGCAUAAAGUUAUCCAAAAGCAGUGUGUAAGACUGGUGGAGGAGAACAUGAUGACAAGAUGCAUGAAAAAAACUGUGAUUAAAAACCACCAGGGUUAUUCCACCAAAUAUUUCAGAUUUCUAAACUCUUAAAAUGUCUUUAUGAAUGAUAUUAUAAUAUAUUGUUGCAUUAUUUUAGGUCUGAAAGCUCUGCAUCUUUUUUGUUAUUUCUCAUUAAUGCAAAUAAAUGCUCUAAAUGAGAAUAUUUUUAUUUGGAAUUUGGGAGAAAUGUUGUCUGUAGUUUAUAGAAUAAUAUAAAAUAAUUAAUAUACAAUAUAUAUAAAUCAUCCAAACAAAAAUAGUUGUUUGGAUUCCGCCUAGUUCUACAUUUGGGGUAAAACAGGGACCGUAAAUCAGAUUCUUCACUGUUGCAAAUCUAGAAAACAUGUUUUAUGAUAAUUAAACUGUACUGAGUGAAGCUCUGCACUGAAGUUGCCUUUGCUCUGCUUUGGUUUAACCUGGAGUGAAUGGUGUCUGUUUACGUUAUUGAUUUAUUUUUAAGGACUUCAGAUAAAUCCCCCGUUCUGUGCGAAAAGCUUCAUGAAUGCAGCAGAGAGGGACAAACGCUCGAUGUAGAUAAUCUGAAUUCCUUCUUGUCUUCCUUUGCAUCAUCAGCUGUAGGAGGAGUGUGAUGGAUCAGAGGGACCACCUCUCUGUUGUUGAGAUUCUGUCGGCUGUGUUACGCUGCUCUGUUUAGCUUGGGUCGUAGUGUGGCCCAUUUUUAAGCCUUAAGAGUUAAAUCAGCUGAAGCAGUAGUUUAAUAAAACGUUCAUUUCUGUAGUAUCCACCUUUUAAAUGUACGGUAGUCUGUCAGCUCAGUCAUGUUUGGUAUCUUUAGUUAGAGGAAGGAGAACUCUGGUGUAAAAUGAAUUUUGGGUGUAUUUAUUUAUUAAAACAUGAUUAAAAAGUAUUUUUUACCUUUAUUGAAUAGCUCUCCUCCGCUCUCCUGCAGCUUUCUGACAUCCAGUAUUUUGUGCACUUUGCUAAAACAGGCUUUUAAAAUGAGGACAAUAAAGAUAAAUCACUUUUUACACCGUUAUUCAGGCUCAAAGUAGCUCCACACCUCAUUAGUAGAAUCUGGAGAGAUCUGAGAGUUAAAACGAGGCAUUUAGAGCUUUAAAACUGCACAAGAAGCUCAUUAAAAACCACGGUUUACAUCAUAAAGCGUAGGUAAAUCUUUGGGCGCCUGCCAUCUUUAAAAAUUUAAGUCACAAUGAAUCAACCAUUGAGCACGAAUAGACCAUAAAACUUUUCGAUUAAUGUUUAUGUAAUUUGUUGUUGGUUUUUUGCAUUCUAAUAUUAACAGUAACCAGAUAUUUUUUUCAGCAACAGCUAGAAUUCAUGCAUUUCCAAAGAAUUCAUUUUGCAAUCUGUUCAACUUAAAUCCUACCUAUUCGUUUUAGUGCUCGACCAACAUCUUUUACCUUAUGGUGACCUAAAUUAAAGAUGGCGGCGCUCAGACAUUUAUCUACGCUAUGUUUAGGAUGUAAACAGUGUUUUUUAAUAAGCUUCUUGUGCACUUUUAACAAUGUCCUAAAUGCCUCGUUUUAAGUGUCAGGGCUCUCCAGAUUCUACCAAUGAAGUGUGGAGCUUCUUUGAGACUGAAUAACGGUGUGAAAAGUGAUUUAUCUUCAUUGUCCUCAUUCUAAAAGCCUGUUUUAGCAAAGUGGACAAAAUACUGAAUCUCAGAAAGCUGCAGGAGAGCGGAGGAGAGCUAUUCAACAAAAGUAAAAAUAAUGUUUAUCAAAUUUUAUUAGUCAAUUUUACACUGGAUUUCUCCUUUAAAACACUGUAGCUUCGAGGCUUGUAUUCCAGCUUUAAUCAGAUCGAUGGUUUUAGCCUAAAUAUUAAUAAUAGGGACCAUCAGGAAAAACACAACGAGCACAUCAGUAAGCAGCAGAUUAAAGUGGAACAGAAAUUAUAUUCAAUUACGAUAUUCCAUUACAUUUAGUACUUUGUGUUUAUUACUUAGCUAUGUUGGCCUCGUAGCUCCAGUAUGAAGCUGAAAGAGAGAAUUUUAAACACUGAACACUAAACUCCACUGGAAUAAAAUAAGAUUGGAAUAUUGUGGAUAUUUAAGUCUAUUCCUUAAACGUUGACUAUUUUAGAGUUCUAUAGUUAUAUGGAGCCCACAGCAAACUGGCCGUUCACAUUUCAUGUUUUUUGUGACUUUCUAAAUAAACAAAAUGUCGUGUUUGGUUUGCUUUUAGCACUUUUAGGUUCAUUUUAAGGCCUUACGAGGACCCAAAGUAUGAAGGUGAGAAUACAUGAGUCACUGCGACGACGUUCUCAUUGGACAUUUGGCUCCGGCAGAAGCCGCUCCUUCGGUUUAUUUGCAGGAUUUUGCAGGAUUAAAGAUUUAAAAGCACUUGCUCAUUCCAGCACACCCUAAUUCACCCAAUCCAAUAAGUAGCGAAAUAAAAAAAAACACACAAGCAAUGAUGUUUCUUUAUCCGUUUUUUAAAGCUAUGCAAAUUGAAGCAUGUGCUCAUAGUAUGUUGCGAGGAAUCGAAUCACGCUCAUGCUCUAGUUUACCCUUUUGUUGUCGUUUGAUGUUAAGAGAUAUUUAAGUGAAGUUUGAUCUAGUUUUAAGUCAUUUUUAAAAAGGUAAAAAUAAGACCAGCCUUGGACACACUCCGCUUCUGUUCCCCUCGAAGGUUUCUUUCUUCUUUCUUUGUUCUUCUUCAUUUACGGUUGCCAAACUUGUCGAAUUUUCACCUUGUGUGCCAUUGACGUGUAAAAAAAUACAAAAUGAAGAAGAAGGAUGUUGUUGCUUUGUCUUAUUUUCUUAUUAUUAAAAUAAAAAAUCUUUGGAAAGUUAA